AUGCCCCAGCGUCACCCCAACCCGGGGGCCCAGCAGGUGGCGCCCAAGGGGUUCCCCGGCGACGGCGCUCGCCGAAGGAGCGACCCGCUGCUGCCCAGGCUGCCUGCGCCCCAGCUGCGAGCAUCUUCUGGCGCGGGGGGCUCAGGGAGUUCGAGGGCCUUGGGGAGCGACGCAGGGUGGUGGCAGGCCCCCAGGUGCGCGUCCUCGCACACAGAGCCUGGGGUGGGCGUCCGGAGCCCCCUGCCGCGCCUGCCCGCCCUGCCCACAGUGGCCCCGCGGGCGGCGCAGGACCGCACAGGGCUGAGGUCGCUGCUACUGCCGCCCCUGCUCCUGGCCCGCGCGCCCCGGGCACCGGCGCCCCCGCGCCGCGGGCCUGGAGAGUGCGAGGACCCCCGGAGGGGCUCGGCCAAGGAGGCCCCGGACUCCCUGGGCGCCCUCCUGGGGGAGCUCCUCCUCCCCAGCAGGUUCCGGGGGUUCCUGCGCCAGCUUGGGGUGGAGCAUGCGGAGGAGCAGCCGCAGCCACCGAGUGAGGCCCUGCGGCGCCCCCAGGGGGCGGGGCAAGGGCGGGGGUGGCUCUACCAUUGCCCUUAUUGUACAGAUGAGGAAGCCGAGGCCCAAGGCCGCGUAACUAGGAAGAGCGUAGGAAGGACUGUCCCCAAGCAAAGGCUCAUAACUCUUUCCACCUCCUCCUGGCUCCCAGCAUCUCCACAUCAAAGGGGUGUGUCAGAGCACUGCCGGAGGUGUCCUCAGUGUCCCAACUACUCCUUCCUCCCAGACCUGCGGGGCAAGUCAUCGUACUUCCGGAAUAGUCUUAAGAAGAUUUUGCUCCAUCAGAUACCUGCCCUGGGGCCCCUGAAGAGAGAUCACUCACAAUUCACCACAGUCAAGAAGGCCAACCAUUCCUCGGGGGAAGGCUCAGGGCCCCGCAGGCGGUGCUACCCCUUCCGAGUGCGAUUUGCUGACGAGACCCUACGGGACACAGCACUCCGCUACUGGGAGCGCAGCUGUGCAGUCUGGCAGGGCAGCCUCGAGAAGGAGAACGGGACAGCCACCCAGUCGGCGGCAUCAGAGCGGGUGUUCAGGAGUGUCGGGAGAUGGCUGGAGAGUUUGCCCAAAACCCUGUACUCCAGAGCCGUGGAGGAGGCCACGGCCAGGCCCUGCCUCUCACGGGCUUCUGUCCCCCUCAGGCCCACCCAGGAGCCGCAGGGCCACUUCUCUGAGGAUGCCUCCGUGAACAGCAGCCUGCCGUUCAUCCCCAGGGCCACCACCCAGAGGCAGCGGGGUGACCUCAAAACCUUCCUGGGCGCCCACAGCAUCCUGGAGCAGGGGGGCAAAUCGCCCUCCUCCUGGAGCCAGAAGCUGGAGUCCUUCCUGCCCAGCUUGGUGCUGCACACGGUCCUGAAGCGGGGCCGCCCCAAGGGGUACCAGCUUCUCCUGCCUUCCACAACCCCGCAGCGGGCUCAGAGGUGA